AUCGCAUCACAUCCUCAGCGCGAAAUGCUCCGCGUACCGGAUCUCACUCACGCUGUCCUCCCCGAUUCCGUCCGGCGUUUCGGCGAGGGAGCGUUCACUCGCACCGGCAUACAAGCAGGAUAAAGUACUCCUCGAUGAAGUAGGGAGGUCAGCUCAGAAUAAACUAAACAUAUAAAUAAAUAAAUAAAAAGUGGAAAGAGGUAUCACCACCACCCCUAUCCGCGCGUAGAGGAUGCAAGAGGAGCUAUCACAAGGACGCAACAUCUGCAACUUAAGAAUUCACUUGUAAAGGCGCUUUUUUAUUGGAGGUCGCGGAAUUAUCAGUGUGUAAACAUGCCUGUAAGAAGGGGUCACGUUGCGCCGCAAAACACGUUUCUUGGAUUAAUCAUUCGGAAAUUCGAGGGUCAGAAUCGCAAAUUUGUGAUAGCCAAUGCCAGGGUGGAGAACUGUGCGAUUAUAUACUCUAACGAUGGUUUCUGUGAGAUGACGGGCUUCUCAAGACCAGACAUCAUGCAGAAACCCUGCACCUGUGACUUUCUCCAUGGGGACCUCACCGACAAGGAGGCGAUCGACCUGGUGGCGCAGUCUGUGCUUGGCUCCGAGGAGCGCAAGGUGGAGAUCACCUACUACCGGAAAGAUGGAUCUGAUUUUCAGUGUACCACUCACAUAAUCCCGGUGAAGAACGAAGAAGGUGUGGUUAUGAUGUUUAUUUUGAAUUUUGAAUACGUUGUGGAUGAGGGAAGCGACCACUCCACAGAGAACAUAAGCCCGGCAUCCCCUACAAAGUCAGAUCAAAGGAGGAGCAGAUUCUUUCGGUUCCGUCAGGUCGCUUUGAGCCUGAUGAACACCAACAAGCAAUCCCUUCCACAAGAGGACCCAGAUGCUGUGAUGGUGGAUUCUCCCAAAGAAGAUGAGGACUCUGUGGCCUUGCAGAGCUUUCCCUCACCUACAAAGAGCAUAUGCAGUCCUACUGAGGCCAAUGACACACGUGCCCUCAUAAGCUCCAGCCACCACUCUUCCCAGGCUAGCAUUGGCCGUGAACCACUUGAUCAUUCAUCCCUCAAAGUCCCUUGGGACAAGCUGUACCAGACGGAGCCUCAGCAGUCCUCAACCUCCCUGUCAAACACCUUCCCCAGAGGCAGCACCAGCAGCAUGAGGAGAGCCUCAUCCAUCCAUGAAAUUGAGGGCUAUAGCUCCAAUUCAAAAAAUUUAUUCAGGGACCGACAUACAAGUGAAGGCCCUUUCAACCAUGUGAAGUCUAGUCUACUCGGCUCUACCUCCGAUUCAAACAUCAACAAGUACAGCACCAUCAACAAGAUCCCCCUGAUAGCACUCAACUUCACAGAAGGUGCCGAUAAGAAAGCUCAUUCUCCCCCAACCUCUGAGAAAGCCAUCAUAGCACCGAAGGUCAAAGAUAGAACUCACAACGUCACGGAAAAAGUUACACAGGUCCUCUCACUUGGAGCUGAUGUACUUCCAGAGUACAAACUCCAGGCGCCCCGCAUUGAUAAGUUCACCAUCCUCCACUACAGCCCCUUCAAAGCAGUAUGGGACUGGCUGAUCCUGCUGCUGGUCAUCUACACAGCGAUCCUCACUCCUUACUCUGCUGCUUUCCUGCUCAACGACCAAGAGGAGCAGAGGAGGCGUGAAUGUGGCUACUCCUGCAGCCCUCUCAAUGUAGUAGAUUUGAUCGUGGACAUCAUGUUCAUCAUUGACAUCCUCAUAAACUUCAGGACCACCUAUGUUAACCACAACGAGGAAGUUGUCAGCCAUCCAGCUAAAAUAGCAAUCCAUUACUUCAAAGGCUGGUUUCUCAUCGAUAUGGUGGCGGCAAUUCCUUUUGACCUUCUGAUCUUUGGCUCGGGAUCAGAUGAGACGACUACUCUGAUCGGCCUGCUGAAGACAGCAAGGCUCCUACGACUGGUGCGUGUCGCCAGGAAGCUGGACCGUUACUCUGAAUAUGGAGCUGCUGUUCUGAUGUUGCUCAUGUGUAUCUUUGCACUAAUUGCCCACUGGUUGGCCUGUAUAUGGUAUGCCAUCGGCAAUGUGGAGAAGCCCUACCUAGAGCACAAGAUUGGCUGGCUCGACAAUUUGGCGUUGUCCAUAGGGAAGAGAUACAACUACAGUGAUCCUAACUCUGGUCCCUCCAUCAAGGACAAGUAUGUCACAGCACUUUACUUCACUUUCAGCAGUCUCACUAGUGUGGGCUUUGGGAAUGUUUCCCCCAACACCAACUCAGAGAAGAUAUUUUCCAUAUGUGUCAUGUUAAUUGGGUCCCUCAUGUAUGCCAGUAUUUUUGGAAACGUCUCUGCCAUCAUCCAGAGACUGUACUCUGGGACAGCCCGCUACCAUGCUCAAAUGUUACGGGUCAAGGAGUUCAUCCGCUUUCACCAGAUCCCCAACCCUCUCAGGCAAAGGCUAGAAGAGUACUUCCAGCACUCAUGGACCUACACCAAUGGGAUUGACAUGAACACGGAGGUGUUGAAAGGUUUUCCUGAAUGCCUGCAGGCAGAUAUUUGCCUCCACCUUAACAACAAUCUUCUACAGGACUGCAAAGCCUUUCAAGGGGCAACCAAAGGGUGCUUGAGGGCCUUGGCCAUGCGCUUCAGAACCACUCAUGCUCCUCCUGGAGACACUCUGGUCCACAGUGGCGAUGUUCUCACAGCUCUCUACUUUCUGUCCCGUGGCUCUAUUGAGAUACUAAAGGAUGACAUUGUGGUAGCUAUUCUUGGAAAAAAUGAUAUAUUUGGAGAAAUGAUCCAUCUUUGCACCACACCCGGGAAGUCCAACGCUGAUGUCCGCGCUCUGUGUUACUGCGACCUGAGUACCAUUCAGAGAGAAGACCUGCUGGAGGUGCUGGAUAUGUACCCAGAAUUUGCUGACUAUUUCUUCAACAACCUGGAGCUUACCUUCAAUCUAAGAGAUGAACCAACCAAGCCUGUUGGUGUCCAAGAAGGUGAUCCAGAUGUUGACGGUAAUAGAAGCAUCAAAAGAAGAAUCUCACUCACUUCAGAAAUACCUACAGGGGAAAACAAGGAAGCGGAUAAGGACAUUCAAAAGGACAGAGGGUCUAACUCAUGCCUGAAGAGGUGUUCAGUGGCCCUGGAUUCUUCCUCACUCAGUGUUCCAGUCCUGGACUCAGAUCUUAUUGUCAGGGACAGCUUGGACAGAAAACCCUCCAUAGAAGAUCUGCGCUGUGAUAAAUGGGCCUGUAAGAAGCCUGCGGACUACCUGGAUGAGUCAGCACAGAUCCAGGACCUGAGAGAGGACAAUAAUUCUGCCAGCGAAAUCACAUACGGAGAGGUGGAACAACGCUUAGGUCAGCUUCAGGAGCACUUAAACAGGUUGGAGUCGCAGCUGAUAUCAGAUAUUCAGACCAUCCUGCAGAUGCUGCAGAGACAGCCGACUCUGGGACCCCCUGCCUACAGCACUGUGACUGCUAGUCCAGAAUAUCAAAGAUCCGCUGUAAAGGUUCAGCCAGUUGCUCUGUCUGCAAGCCAUUUAUUCAGCCAUACAGACACUCGAGGCCCCAGCCAAAAACAGGAGAACACCAUUCAGGAAUCCAAAGACACUGUGUCCAGCAUGGCCAUUGUGACUGCACCUAUAGAGGACAGCCUUACAGCAUUUUUUGAACAAAGACAUACAGAUGUGCAUCAGCAGCAACAGCAGGUCUCAGCAAAUCAACAGUCAGCAUUAAUCCCUCUUCCAGCUCAAACCUCAUCUGCUUCCUGUUCUUCUACGCUGCCCUCUGACCUAGACCACACCUUGGAAAGACAGCACAAACAUGUCUCUGAGACCGAGUUUCCCAGGACAUAAAAUUCUCUUUUUUUGUUUUUAUCAGCAUGCUGGCAUCUGUCUUCAUCAUUUAAAGUGGCUGUGUUAAAGAAAGGAGAGUUUAAUUGUGAAAAUGUUUUUUCUUCUCUAUUUUAAAAGGAUUUAUAAUGUGUACUCAUUUUAAUUCUAAAAAUCUCCAUGAAGCUAAAAACCUGUUCAACUAAGAUGGAAUGGCUGUUAUAUAUUGGAUAGCACUCCUUUCUGCCCGUAUUAACACUUCUUUCUUAUACUGCACAGCAAAUCUGAAAUCGCAAAUUUAACACCCUGAGAGUUAAAAUGAACACUUUCCCAGGGUUUAUACGGGAACCACUGGCAAAGUGUUAAAUUAACACUUUUUAUUUAGUUAAAAUUAUUAACACUAGGCAGUGUUGCUUAACAAACUCUUACAGUGUUAAAUAUUAACACUACAGGAUGACUUAAAAUUAUUAACACUGUGACAGUGUUGUCUAAUAAACUCUUACAGUGUUAAAUAUUAACCCUAACCCCUAGCCCUAACCCUAACCACUAACCCCUCACCCUAACCCUAACACCUGCAACACGACCGAGGAUGUUUCGAAAAAACAUUUAAAAUUAAUUGGCUACUUAACCUAAAUUGUUCAAAACUAUAUUUUAGAGAGGAAUUUAGUUUAACGUUAACCCACGUUAUGGAUUAACAUUAUAAACGUUUAUUUACGUUAUAAACGUAAAUAAACGCUAACGUUCGGGCAGGUCUGCUUAAAGUUAGCAAAAAACGGCGACGAAAACUUGUUAUAAAUGCCAAUAAAUUUUAAUCUGUCCCCAAAUUUAGAAACAAUGAGUCAGUGUAAACACAUUUUAAUAAAAGUAGCAAUGCCACGAUGACUAAUUUGUGAAAUUUUACUCACCAGUCUCUCCUUCUCAUGCACCAUGUGAGUGUGAGAAAAUGGCUGCUGACAAAUUCCUUCACUGGGUUACCUGUCCAAGUACCCGGAUGUUCAAAGUGUCACUCAUUAGUGUUAAAUACCGUCAACUCCGUGAUUUGACACCAACACUCUUAUGUUUCAUUAGUGGAGAGUUGAUUCUACCAAAAUCAACACCAAUACAUCAACACUUCACUCUGAAAAAGCCUAACACCAGCAUUUUAACACUGAUGAAUUUGCUGUGUGUACUUUAGCUUUUAUGUUCUAUCACAAUUGGUUCCAUCAGAAUGGGACACCAGGCCAAAGUCAGCCAGAAUGAACACCAUCCAACCAUUAUAAAACCUGAUUGUGUCGCUAGUGUACCAGUCUCUUCCCAUUAACAACUUUAUUCACCAGUACAGGGAAAAGUAAUGCAACAAUCUGAGCAAUGUGUCACUCUGUGACUUAUCUUAACAAGGAAAGCUGACUGAGCUACCUCACACAAAUACUGGUCUCUCAUAGAGACCAACAAUUUAUGUUACUUCAUCACAUAAAAGUUUUUUUAUUUAUUCUAGCAUCAGUUGUUAAAACAUCUGACUCUUUUCUUCUGAUAUUUAAAAUACUGAUUCAUGAGGGAUUGAUAAGCAUCCUUUCUGAGCUUCUGGGGUGUCACCAAGGAUAUAGGGACUUAAAACCAACACUGACUGUUAAAAAUAUAUUAUUUCUGAUCUAGGAGAUGGAGACAGUGGAGGUGACAGGCAAGCACACAAAUCCCCUUAAAUGCAGAAUUUGGGCCCAAGUUCUGCCCUUAUGAAUUUGUCCGCCUGUCAUCUUGUCACUCAGUGGAUUGACAAGAUGACAGGUUUUGGCCACCAGGCUGCCACGUAGAGCCACGUUGGUGCAGAAAGGAAAAGCGCAUCAGUAACAGAAGGAGUCAGAUGCUAGCUAUCCAUAGAUACUCAGGAGAAGAUCAGUAGAAACUGAAUUAUAACCAGACACUUUAUUAAGGUAACCUGUUUAGUGGCGUAAAGAGUAAAUCAGUCAGUCACAUGGCAGCAACUCAUGGCAGAAACUGCUGGUCUACAAGGAUUUAAUGCAUAGCCAUCACUUUGGUUUGGAGAGAAUGGUCCGAAAAUUAAAAAAUAUCUGCAGUUUUUUUAAUUAAAAUGCCUUUUUGAUGUCAGAGGAAAAAAGGGUAGAUUGGUUCAAGAUGAUAGAUAGGCAAAUAAAGCCACUUCUUGCAACCAAAGUAUGGAGAAGCCAUCCCUGAAUGCAACACACAUUUAACCUUGAAGCAGAACGUGGGACUGGAGCUACAGUUAUUAGAAGCUCAGCAAGAUCAUCAGAUUGAAAAACUGAUGAAAACAAGCAAGAAAACAAAAUGAAGCUUUCAGUGGAGAUCAUUAAUGCUGGAUAGUGACAGCCCGUCAAUCUUUUUAAGUCUGGCAGGCAGCUGGUGGGCACAGAUGUUUGUUCAAACUGUUGACCCUGUGCAGCCCGAGACUUUGAAAACGAGGGUGUGAGCCAGAGCGAGGCCUGGCACUGCUUUGUGUCCUCAUUAGAACCUGAAGUGUGAGGAGGUGACUUUGUUACAGCAGGAAAAAUGAUGACGCAGCCGUUCUUUUUCCACUUUCUGAAAUCUUUGCAUAGUACCUGACACUAACGGUCUGACAAGGCAGCGGGGAAAAAAAUGCAUACUACGAAUUUCCUCUCCUGGGACGGGAUAUUGUAUGAUACUGACUACAUGGAUAUCCUUAACAGAACUGCUGAACCUGGUCAUUAAAAUUAUACUCUAUCUAUAGUCUGAAUCCUGUGUGGGUUGGACAUACAAACUAUUUCCUAGAAUUUUUUGUGCGAUUCAGCAUUACUACUGAGGUGUGUGAACAGUUUCCUCAUACUUAGCUGUAUGCCUGUAUUAUUUGCAGUGUGACUCAGGGGUUAUGGAUAAUUGCACUGCAACAUACAUCACAGUAUCAAGUACACAAUAUAUUUAAAUGAUGUGCAUUAUUAUCAUUAUUGCAAUUGCGGAUGCUCACAUGCUGUACAAUUUUAGCAAAAUGCACCGUGCAUGCUUGUUUGAGCAAAUACCAUAACAUGCAGAUUUGAGGAUUAUCUGCUGUGAUCUCCGCCUCGGACACGCAAGUAUGAUGCAGUGCAUGUGUUGUAAACUCUAUUUAUAUACUGUUUUGCACUGAUUUCAAGCCCAAAGUAGCACAAUAUAAAAUGAUGUCAGCAUACAUGUCUUUUUUUUUAUAUAUAAUAUAUAUAUAUUAAGAUGUGUUGGGGCAGGAAAAAAAAAAUUAAAUAUGGGAUUUCAGUGAACCAUACAGUACUAGUUCUAAAGCAGGCUCCACACAGGGACGUGUGCCUAUACAACCAGUCGAAAUGAUAAGUCAGCCAUCUUUACAAAUAACAAACACUCAUUCAUAAAUCUUAUUGUAUGCCUAUAUUAUUUUAGAUAAUGUCAACAUAACAAAAAUGUAAUUGAACAGAUGUAAAAUGAAUAAUAUAUUAUUGUAUAAUGUAAAUAAUAUUUUUUACUCUAUCAUUUACUUAUGAUAUUCUGUAAAAACAAUAGAUUAUGCUUGUUUUGAAGCUAUGGAAGCAUUAAAUAAACAAAAACUGUUCAGGUUA